AUGUCUUUCUUUCUUUUUAUUGUUGCUUUGACUGUGUUUGAGCUGAAAGGCUUCUUGACACAAAAAGGUGAUAUUGUCAUCAUGGGAGAUAUCAAGCAAUUUUUGUAUGCUUGGUGUGGUAAACAGAAACUUACUCCAAUUUAUGAGUUCAGCUCUGCCGGACCUAAGCACCGACCUCGCUUCAAAUGUGAGGUUCGAAUUGAAUCCUACGAUUACAUUGGUGUUGGGAAUUCCACCAACAAGAAAGAUGCGCAAGCAAAUGCAGCUCGAGAUUUUGUUCAGUUCUUGGUGCGGCAGGGAAGUGUGCAGCAGUCGGAAGUCCCAUUGCUGACUGUUGGAAUGGGUGCUGGGACGGCAGAGAGUAUGUCAAGUAGUGAAGUGUCAGGAGAUGAUAUGGGAGACAGUGGCAUCUCUUCGAGCGGUAGUUUCCCUGGUCUUGAUGCCAAUCGAGACAUACCUGCUUAUCAAAGAGGUCCGCCAAUGAGCUAUUUGGAUCGUCUGGCUGAAAAGCGGAAACUGGAAGAGUCAGAAGAUCUUGAUUUAAAUGCUGGUAUUCAUGAUUACUUCAUUUUAAAUCCCUCUCUCUCUCUCCCUCCCUCCUCUCUCUCCCUCCUCUCUCUCUCUCCUCCCCCUCUCUCCCUCCCUCUCUCCUCCCUCCCCUCUCUCUCCCCUCCCCCUCUCUCCCUCUCUCCCCUCUCUCCCUCUCUCUCCCUCACUCCCCUCUCUCUCUCUCUCCUCUCCCCCUCUCUCUCCCUCCUCCCUCUCUCUCUCCCCUCUCUCCCCCCCUCCCUCCCUCCCCUCCUCUCUCCCUCCCUCCCUCUCCCUCCCUCUCUCUCUCCCUCCCCCUCCUCUCUCUCUCUCCUCUCUCCUCCCUCUCUCUCUCCUCCCUCUCUCUCUCCCUCCCUCUCUCUCUCCCUCUCCCUCUCUCUCUCUCCCUCUCUCUCCCUCCUCUCUCCUCCCUCCCUCUCUCUCUCCCUCCCUCUCUCUCUCCUUUUCCCUUUCCCUCCCUCUCUCUCUCCUCCCUCCCUCCCUCUCUCUCUCCCUCCCUUCUCUUUUUCCCUCUCCCUCUCCUCUCCCUCUCUUUUCUCUUUCUCUCUCUCCUCUUUUCUCUUUUUCUCUCUCACCUUUUUCUCUUUUUCUCUCUCACCUUUUUCUCUUUUUCUCUCUCACCUUUUUCUCUUUUUCUCUCUCACCUUUUUCUCUUUUUCUCUCUCACCUUUUUCUCUUUUUCUCUUUUUCUCUCUCACCUUUUUCUCUUUAAUAAUUACAAUCUAG